CUCUCUCUCUCUCACAAAACAAACCAAAUAGACAAGCAAAACUUUGAUUGACAUUUCAAUUAAAUUAUAGCCAAACUCGUUGCCAAGAUGUUUCGUCUGCAGAAAGUCCUGAUGGCCGAGUACGAGGAGAUCUACGAGCCGCUGCUGGUGGAGAAUCCCAAUGUUUUGGUGGAUUUCCAUGGCAUUGGUCUGCGCCAGUACCAGAUGGGCCUUACCUGCAAUCAUUUGCUGUUUGGCUGUGACAAAUUUGUAAAGGCCUCCACCAAGCUGUCUUGGCUUCUGCCCAAGGGUUUGGACCAUGAGAUCGAGUCCUUUGAGCUGUCCUGCAUCUUGCCGCUGCAGUUUCUUCGCUUUCACUUUUACCGCAAAGGCAAUCGCUAUCUAAUGAAUGUCAAUGCCAUCCAGCCAUCGGGUCAGUGUGUGUUGACCAGGGAGCAGCCCAUGAUCUUUGAGUUUGGAGGACAUCGUUAUAAGCAGCACUACUGGCACACCUGGCGCGAGCAUGUGGCCUCCAUUCGGGCUUUGCAGUCGCGUUACAAUCUGAUUACCGGUGCCUCGCCCUUCUCCAGCACCGAUGUCCAGCUGGAGGAUGAGAUCAUAACGAUGGCCCAGGUGCAUCGACAGCCGUCUCUCUGCAUCUCCGCCUGUCGCCUGGGUAUUUGAGUUCAAUA